CCAUGAACACCAUCAUUCACACUCAUCCAAGUUCCAAGCAUUCGCCUUGCGGUCUUCAUAUGCGCUGCGCGUUGAAGCCCGCGACCACAGCAGCUUGUGCCAGUCUCUGAUAAGAAUAGGCGAGGAUCACUUCGAAGGCUCAGGGGACGCGACGGGGACGAGACAUUGGUGGACAUCCUGAGGACGCUGUCAGAGCAUCUCCAGAAGCCCUGCAGAAGACUUUCACAAGUUGCAUCGCAUCUGGUCGCCAGCUGACCCGCAGUCAUGCUUCAUCUCACCAAAAGGGCAGCGACUGCGAGACCGUACACCUCUAUCAAUGCGCCAGCUCUGCGCUCGCAACUCCACACAGCCUCGGCGAGUGUGCUUGAGCGCAUGUUCAAUGCACCUCAGCGCGACGGCACGUACGCAUUUGAGCUCGCUCCCACUCCAACUCAUUGCUGCUCAGAUGGAGCAGACGUCGCAUCGAAGACGCUUGCGUUCCGCCAGAGAGAGGGGAGCCUUACGCUUGCCGACAGGAGGGGCCUGAGCUCCGUCGCUACCUCUCAUAGCCAAGCAGGAGCGGAGGUUUUCGUUCCAGGCGCUUCGGACACCGCGUCUACCAAUUCAGCACGCCUGCCAAGCAAAAUCUUGAUCGCAAAUCGGGGAGAAAUAGCGUGCAGAAUCAUCAAGACUUGCAAAGCGUUGGGCGUCAGGACAGUCGCUGUGUAUUCCGAGGCUGAUGCCAAGAGCUUGCACGUGCAGCUAGCUGAUGAGGCGUACUGCAUCGGGCCCGCUGCAUCGAGCGACUCCUAUCUACGAGCGGAUCGAAUCAUUAAUGUAGCCAAGCUGACCGAGGCCGAGAUGGUUCAUCCCGGCUAUGGCUUCUUGUCCGAGAACAGCGACUUCAGUCUUGCGCUGUCAGAAGCCGGCAUCACGUUCAUCGGCCCUCCAACGAGCGCGAUCAUCAGCAUGGGAUCUAAAUCAGCUUCAAAGGCCAUCAUGCUAGCAGCAGGCGUACCGUGCGUUCCAGGCUAUCAUGGUGAUGAUCAGUCCUAUGAACGACUUUCUCAAGAGGCCAAGAAGAUGGGCUUUCCGGUCCUGAUCAAGGCAGUCAAAGGCGGCGGAGGAAAAGGCAUGAAGAUCGUGUGGCAUGAGAAUGAAUUUGAAGAGCAACUGUUGAGCGCAAGAAGGGAGGCUGAGAAGUCCUUUGGAGAUGGCACAGUACUCAUCGAAAAGUAUCUGCUCAAGCCGAGGCACGUAGAGGUUCAGAUCAUCUCCUCUGCGCCACCCCACUCGCAACACAUUGCGCUUUCCAGUCGGGACUGCAGCGUGCAGCGAAGACAUCAAAAGAUCAUUGAGGAGGCACCCGCCCCUGACCUGUCCGAAGAGCUCAGAAGAGAUCUGGAGUCGAAGGCUGUUGAAGCGGCAAGAGCCGUAGACUAUGUUGGCGCAGGAACUGUCGAGUUCAUCAUGGACGCCACGACCGGCGAAUUCUACUUUAUGGAGAUGAAUACAAGACUGCAGGUAGAGCAUCCAGUAUCGGAGCUCGUGACGGGAGUCGAUCUUGUCGCCCUUCAAUUGCUCGUGGCGAGCGGCGCCCCGCUUCCGCUAUCUCAAGAAGAUGUGCACGUCAAAGGGCAUGCUUUUGAGGCUAGACUCUACGCUGAAGACCCAGCGUCCAACUUUUUGCCGGAUGUGGGACACUUGCAGCACUUACACUUUCCAGCGGAGAGCUCUAUCGGCUCCGACUCUGUUGUCAGAAUCGACACGGGCGUGCGAAGUGGAGAUGAUGUAUCAGUCUUCUACGAUCCAAUGAUUGCCAAGUUGAUCGUACACGCCAAGGAUAGGGGUACAGCUUUGCGGCGACUGCGGUUAGCACUGGAGCAGACCCGUAUCGUGGGUCCCAAGACGAAUGUCGACUUUCUCAAACGUCUGUGUGAUCAUCCGGCAUUUAUCAGCGCGGACGAGCUUGACACGGGGUUCAUUGCUAGAUACAAAGCCGACCUUCUGCCAGCUGUCCCCAGGCCAAGCAAGUCGGUGCUCACCUGUGCAGCGCUGUACCUUGCCCUGCGAGACUCUGCGACAAGCGCCGCCAACGCAGGUCCGGCUCUGAGCGCCUUCCAAGCUUUGCGGUUGUCGGCGGCGCAGCCUGCAAGCAGAACGUAUCUUCUGCGUGGUCGGGCAUCAUCUGGCUCGGAGAAACAGCCGCAUGUCAGUGUUCGUGUCCUCCAAGAGCAAGGCGGCGUAUUCACUGUGCAGCUGCAGGAGGACGAUGGUGCAAUCUCGUCGAUUCGAUGUAUUUCGAGCAGCAUCGCGGGCAGCGAAGGAGAAGUGCUGAGCGCCGAUCUGGCACCGACGGACGCGGCCGAUGCUGCGUUUCCGUCGCCCAGGAUACAAGCGACGAUCGUGCCGAGACCUCCUUCUAGCAAUGCCCUGGAUACUGUGGAACGACUGGACCUGUUCUUGGAGGACAGGCAGAUUGAAAUAGACGUAGUUGCCCCGGCAUGGGUUGCGGAGCUCAAAGGAGCGCUCACGGAGUCAAAGGCAAGCGUGAGGAGCCCCAUGCCUUGCAAGGUUGUCGAUGUGCGCGUUCAGGUGGGCUCGAAGGUAGAAGCUGGCGAUGUGCUAGUCGUGCUCGAAGCGAUGAAGACCGAGCAUGUCGUGCGCGCACCUCGUGCAGGCGUCGUCGCGACAUUGGCAGCUCAAGCUGGUCAGAUGAUAGGAGAAGGCGUCGAGCUUGUCCUCUUCGAGGAGGAGACGGCAGACUGAUUUGCAUUCUUGAUUGGAAAGGCGCCAACUUUGCAUCCAUUGCGCAAUUCAACGAACACGGGUAAAAGCGUCGUUGAAUUUAUGAUCGAACCCAACAACGUACUUUUCACGCUCCGCCCUUCCUGGCCUGCGCGAUGCCUGCACGUUGAUGUGCGGCGCCGACCGCGCUGCGGUGUUGGGUCGUCGUAAUGUCGACCAGAUAAGUGCUGGUUCACGUUUCCCGAUGCGACAAACAACAAGUUUGAAUGCCCUCUGGUUCACAACUUGGCCAAAGAUUUCAACUUACGACUUGUAUGGCGGAGAGGAGAAUGCCCGGAGUUUAGGCGCGAGCUCGGCCCCAGGUAGGCUCACGUGACUCACCUUUGCCAGCUGCGCGAGCACAGCUGCAGGUGCCAUGCAUGACUUUUGACUGCUGCCGGCUGGGCGCGUUGCUGCCUUGUGUAGCCUGCGCAUGGGCAGCCGUGUGGACCCAUCGC